AAGAUGGCGGAGGAAGAGCAAAGAAAAAAGAUCCCUUUGGUUCCAGAAAACCUCCUGAAAAAGAGGAAGGCGUACCAGGCCCUCAAAGCCACCCAGGCGAAGCGGGCACUUUUGGAAAAGAAGGAGCAGCGGAAAGGAAAAGAUAUCGGGUUUAAGCGACUGGAAUGGUUCCUGCACGAUGCCUGGCGGCAGAAACGUGACAAGGUGCGCCUCAGACAACUGGAAGUGAAGCCGCACGGUUUGGAGGUGCCAGAUGAGCAUUCCUUGGCCUUCGUUGUGCGCAUCCAAAGGAUCAGGGGGGUGAGCUUACUGGUACAGAAAACCAUUGCAAGGCUUCGCCUGAAGAAGAUUUUCAGUGGUGUCUUUGUCAGAGUGACCCCCCAGACCAUAAAAACGCUGCGUAUAGUGGAACCGUAUGUGACCUGGGGAUUUCCCAAUCUGAAGUCUGUCCGGGAGCUCAUCUUGAAACGUGGACAAGCCAAGGUCAAGAAUAAAGUCAUCCCUUUGACAGACAACACAGUGAUUGAGGAGCAUCUGGGGAAGUUUGGUGUCAUUUGCUUGGAAGACCUCAUUCAUGAAAUUGCCUUCCCGGGGAAGAAUUUCCAGGCGGUCUCAGGGUUCCUGUGCCCUUUCCAUCUCUCGGUGGCCCGUCACGCUCCCAAGAAUAGAGUGGGCUUCCUCAAGGAGGUGGGCUCCCCUGGUUAUCGAGGUGAACGCAUCAACCAGCUCAUCCGGCAGCUGAACUAAACUCAGAAUAUCUGAAAGCACACUGCAUUGGAAGCAUGUGUUUCUGUUUUUUGGAAUUACCCAGUAUCUUCAAAGAAGAUUAUUUUCUGCUAUAUCUUCAGAAACUGCAGGGGAAGGGUCAGGGAAAAGAUGGUGGUGAUGUCCCACUUCCAAAGGAAAAGUCCAGUGUGUUUCCCACGUUGGCCACUGCUGCCACCUCUGAAAUCAGCCAAGGACUCAUGCCAUGGAGGAGAGGGUCCUGCGUCACAGAUAGGAGAUGUCCUUCAUCACAUCUUCUGGACCCAAGCGUGAACUCAAGACGGCAGUGGGCCCAGCCCAGAGGCAUACCUGAACUUGGGGUUCCCAAUGCCUCGUUUUGGAAAGAACUUGAAAUACAUUUAGAAGAGCACAGAAAUGGGGCUCCGUUGUCUCUGUUGUGUGUCCGUGCUCCAGCUUUUCGGUGACAGCUUUGAAAGCUCUCGGGCUUGACUGGCUCUAAA